AUGGCACAAUUUGCUCAAGUUUCUUCUCAUCUGGAUGACGUCCAGUCCUCCACAGCACUACUGCCUUCAAUGCACAUGAACCUCCAAUCCCAAAGGACAGUUGCGAAUCGUAUCGCAGGAAAACAGGAGGCGGAAGGCCAAAGGAUCCGUGCUAUCCAGCAGGCUCUAUCGCGAUAUGUUGUCGAUUCUGUCCAACAUCGUCAGACGGCUCUGACAGCAUUUUCCGAGAUUCACUCAAAGUUUGAUGACCUACGAGGAAAUGUAGCACAAACAUUGCGCAUGUCACGAGAGGACCAGAAUAUAUUGAGUGAUAUCUGUGUAGGUAUCAAAGAGUUGCAACGUAACGUGGACAACCAUGACUGGAAGUUCUCGAGAUGCGAGAAUGCCGAACAGAAUACGACAUCGCGACAAGCCUCCUCUUCAAUUCUCCAGAUGAACGACCCCUUUGCAGCCAGCUUCCUUCGCCUCAUUCAACUGACUGAGCAAUCCAUAACUAACAUAUCAUAA